GUUAUUCACUCUUGCCCCUUUCUUUUCUAAUGCUGAGUCUAACAGGGCACACGUACAGAAAAUGAAAUCAGACACUUUUUGAGGGUGUUUGUUUCAAUAGAAACAGAAAGAAAACCUAAGUGGCAUAGAAAACUAGCAACAUAUUCUGUGGCGGUUCAUGUGUAAUAGUCUCCCUCCACUAAUAUUUCAACUUCACUAUUUUAAAUUUAGUGAUGUUUUACAUAUUCAGCCAGGCACGGUGGCUCACACCUGUAAUCUCAGUGCUUUGGGAGGCUGAGAUGGGAAUAUCACUUGACCCUAGGAGUUCGAGACCAGUCUGGGCAACAUUGCAAGACCCCAUAUCUACAAAUUUAAAAAAAAUUGGCCAGGUGUGGGGCAUGCCAGGUACUCAGAAGGCUGAGGUGGGCAGAUGAGUUGACUGUUUGAGGCCAGGAGGUUCAGACUGCAGGUGUGAACAUUGCUCCAUGUCCCCACCACUGGACUUCUGCCUGUGUGAUGAGGCCAGACCCUGUCUCAAUCAAAUAAACAAACAAACAAACAUAAUAUUCAUGCUCUGGAGAUUCCUUUCUGAACAAAAUGGAAAGAGAAAAUGAAGAGUACUGGGUUAUAAGGAGGCAGAUAUUCUAUGGUAAGGAAUUUGGGAUUUAAAAUGAAAGCAGAAAGACCGGGUCCCCUACACUUACCCUUGGGAGUGCUCUGGAGAAUUACACAAUGAUUUCAAAAGAAAAAAGUGUAUUUUAAAUUUUGGAAGAAAAGCGCAAAGGCAACAGAGUGAAAUCUAUUCAGAAUAGGGCAAAAUGAAGUUGGUUUUAGCAAAGGCUUAGAUCAAUAACCUAGGAAGGAAACAGGAUAGAAUAGAGCAUCCCUAGAUAAAGCAGCUUAUCAGAAGGCACAUUCAGUUGUUUUUUUCUGUUGCCCUUUUGAACAUAGAUGACACUUGACAGUUUAAACAUUUUAGAAAUGUGUUUGAGAAAUGACGCUUCCAGGCCGAGCAUGGUGGCUCACCUCGUAAUCACAGUACUUUGGGAGGCCGAGGCAGGCAGAUCACUUGACGGCAGGAGUUCGAGGCCAGCCUGGCAAACAUGGUGAAACCCUGUCUCUAUUAAAAAUAUAAAAAAUUAUCCAGUUGCAGUCGUGGGCACCUAUACUCCCAGCUACUCGGGAGGCUGAGGCAUGAGAAUUGCUGGAACCCAGGAGGCAGAGGUUGCAGUUAGCUGAGGUCAAGUCACUGCACUCCAGCCUUCAUGACAGAAUGAGACUCUGUCAAAAAAGAAACACACACACACACACACACACACACACAACCAUUUCCUCUGAAACUAUUAGGUAGUAUUUUGACUUAGGAUAAAAAGCCAAGCUUGAAGAGGGCAAAGAACGACCGUUCUGAUUUACCAAUGGCCUGGCUUAAAGGUAAACACUAGGCAAUGUCACAUGAUCUGUAGAAGCAAAAUGUGACAGUAAGGAUUAUAAAAGUAAUAGCUGUACUAUAUUCUCGUAGGCCACAAUUGCCAUAUUAAAAGUUCUAUUUCUCCUGGUUUCUGGUCUACGCUCAGAGAAGAGUCCUGUCAAAGAAGUCAUGGUAAUGAUAUUAACCUAAUGGUAAAUCCUAAACAGGUCAAUCUGACCUCUCUCAGCCCAUCUUAGAACUUCUCUAAGGACGUCCCAGUUCUAAAAUGCUCCAAUUCUAGGAAAUAGGAGUCAGCACUCACCCAGAUUCAAGGGAAAGACAGGGAAGGGAGAAGGUUGCUUCUAGCCUAGGAAAUAACAUAUGAACCCAGACCUCUUGGGUCUUCUGCACAUCUGUGCCAAAACUGGACACAAAGACAGUUCAUCAGAAGAGGACCAAACUGCUUCAGCACUCAUGGCCAUCGUAAAGUGUUUGGCUUUUGGUAUCUCAGUGAGUAUCGGUAUUAGAGGCUUCCUGAUGGCAACAACCUUAAGAUGAUGCUGUUCUUCAGAUAAGGUGACAUUUUCUCAAUCUCACCAGUUUGUUCAUCUCUCUUCUUUCCUACAGAACAUUUCAAAAUACCUCUUUACUUGGAACUGCAAAUUCUCUGCAGCUCUCUCUUCCUGUGGUGAGCAAUAAGGCUUCCCUAACAGGAAACAUCUCCAGCUUCUCCAGAGCCUCUGCUCCAGCUGUUAGCUCAGCAUGGCUACUGCCAUCAGCCUCUGGCACCUCUUUCCAGCCACUCACGGGCACUGUCUACCUUUACCAACAUUCUAGGACAGCUAUGUUGUCUGGGGUUAGUGGCCAGAGCCAUAGCUCUACUUCAGCUGCCUCUUACCCAGGCAUUUUUGAGUGGGACAUUACAGCAAAGACAGCAAAGAAGUCACCCUCACUCAGGGACUUCAAUGUGACUGUCACUAACCAGAACACAGCUGUCUCUUCCAUGUCUAUGACAGCCCGGCAUAAUAAAACUUCACAUGCCAAUAUUAUAGUCCCUCUGUAUCCAACACUAUCUACCAGUCUUGUUCAGGGGACAUAAUCUAAAAUCACUAAUCAGCAGGGCCAUAGCCUGUCACUUCCCUACCAGAAAGGAAGGCAGGUCUAUUACUAUAAUCCUGGCACACUGGGGCCUCAACUAUCUGGAGAACUUGGCCCUGGGCUGCAAUCCUAUGGCUCUGCAUCAUACCCAGGAAAUAGGGCCUCUGCCCAUCAACCAGAAAUGGUGAUGGUGCUACAGGAGGUUCAGCCCACAAAAGUUCGACUACCAGUCUCCACUUCCGGGAUGCAUUACUCUGUGUCUGCUCAACCCAGCACAGAAACCAGUUUUCAAGUGAUGGAAACUUCCCUGGGGAUGGAUACUUCCCUGGGAUUGCAAUCUGCAAGCCAGACAUUGUGUCUGGCACAAACUCCAGAAUUCUCCAAGUCCUGCAGUACCCGAAAUACCCAGAUACUUGAGAGUAAUCCAUCACCUGAGCUUGGGGACAUUUCAACGAUAGCUCAAGUCCAGAGUCCAACCAGUCUCUUGACAGUGUCUCCAGCUCCAAGCCAGGACAAAACCAAGACUAAGGAUUUGGAUGAGAUUAAAACCAAGAUUUCAAAGCCUCUAGAUGCCUACUGGUUCCCAACAGAAAAUCAAGAUCCUCCACUUCUUCCUCUAGAAAUCCCUGAUAUUCACCAGCUUCUAUGCUGCAUUGAUCCUCUUGGCCUAGGGGAGCAGCCUGGUUCUGAAAAUGCCAAUCUGGGAAAGAACAGCCUGAGUCUUCAGGGCCAAGGGAUACUUGAAAAUGGGACUGAGUCUAGCAGUGACCCUGCAGACGUCACUACAUUGGUGGAGGAUACUCACCUCCCCUCCAUCUUCAGUUCCUUACAAGAUCUUGACCAACCCAAAAGUCCCUCUGCAAAGAAAGCCAAAGAUCCCAGCACCAUCAAGGUAAAUCAGGUGCAGAAAAAGUCAAGUUCCAUUAAGGGCCACUCUGAUCAAGUCAGGAAGAACAAGCAUAAAGCUGCCGAGCCUAUCCAGGGUGCUCCCAAGGCCAAAAUCCAGCCAAAGAAUCCAGAGAGCCUAUUAGAGGGAGAAGUGGAUGUUUGCAGGGCUACCGCCAGUGACAGCGCUUCUGUGAGCAAGGGUAAGCGUUCUAGCAACAAACGUCACAAAGCCACAUCCAGCAGAGGCAGCACAACUAAGAGGCAUGGGCAGGAGAAGACCAAAAGGAGCAGAGAGAACAGCGCCAAGAAAUCUGAAGUCAGUAAGCAGUCAGGGACCAAAGUCAACGUAGAAGAGAAGCAAGCCAUUCCCAAUAGGAAGCGGAAGAAAAAUCAACCUGAGCUUAGCCAAGAGACCUUCAAAAAGCCACGAAGCUCCCUAGGCAUGCACAUGCUGGAGUCUGUGCAAGUUUUCCAUGCACUGGGGAAAAAAACUGACAAGAAAACUGGAUUCUCUUCCUCCCGGACUCCGGGAAGCUCAACCAACACCGAGAACUCCCAGCCAUUCUCAGCUUUCCAACCAUGGCUGGAUACCCGACAUGAGAGGAAAGGCCCAGAGAAAACUCAACUCAAGGCCCAGAAACUGGAUGAUAAUGCUGAAAAAGAGUGUCCAUCUCCAUCCCUGUAUGAGUUGCCACCACCUGGGAAGGUCAAGUUGGUACCGUUGCCCUUUCUGACCCCGGACAAACCUCAAGCUCAACCUGUUUCUUGGCGGCCGCACCCUCCGGCCUCACGUAGGCCUGUGGUGGCUUGCUCUGCUCCACCUGUUUCUACUAACUCAGCUCAGUCAACUGCAGUCGAUCCGUCACAACCGGCUCCUACCAACACAUCUUUGACAGGUCCUGCCAGACCAGCUCAGCCAAUUUCAACCAAUGCAACCAAACCCGGUUCAGCCAAUCCUAAACAUCCUCCUAUUGCCUCUCAUUCUGCUGCUUCUAGGCCAGCACCCUACAAAACAUCAUCUUGCUCUUCUCUCCAGCGGGAGCCUGUUUCCACUGCUGUGACCAAUCUCCAGUCACUGCCCAAGCCUCAAAAUCCAUUUCUAAUCCAAGACUUCAGCUCACAACCCAGGCCGUGGAAGACACCCGACAUUUCUGGGCCAGUAGUGUCAACGCCCAUCACAAAAGAGCAGAGGCCAGAACGUGAGGCCAUGAAGAGGAAGACUCAGCAAGAGCGUGAGAAUGCUGCCAAAUACACCUGUCUGGGAAAACCACAGUUCUUCACCUAACAGGAAAAAGAUACGGCAAUUUCUCAAUACUACAGCUCCAGAAUCUAAGAGCUGCUGAGACUGUUGGCUUUACUUUGGAUACCAGCUGGUUUUCCAAAUAAAUAGAUACUAAUUUAUUCAUUCUGAUAAUAUAUUUUUAAAACUUAAUAAAGAAAUCUAAAACAAUUAAUAGAUAAGUAAUAAAGAGGCUUUUGAGUUUU